UGCUGCGUGUGGCGCUGCGCAUAGUUGAUGGUCUUCAGAGCGCACUGGUGGUUUACAGUGAGAGCAGCUCGAGUUUCAGGGGCUCAGGGGAAAGGAUUCUGGAGAAGCAGCUGGGCUUAACUACAGACAUAUAUCCCUGUUUUUUUUUAUUUAUUUUAAACGUCGUAAUGAUUGUCCUGAAGGAGAAGUAGAGUAUCUCUCUGUGGUUUAUCUCCUGUGGAUGUUUAGUGCUGCGGAUUCAGUGCUGCAAAGAGGCGUUUGAACGGGACAUUAACACUGGGUCGAUUAAGGUGGAUUCAUCAUCAUCAUCCUUCCUUUCUCCCCUCUUUCUCUCUCCCCCUGUCUCUUUAUCUCUUUCUCAAUGCUGCUGGUCUUAAAAGAAGGGCUCUGAGAGCUGACUAAUAAUAAUGUCCUGCCCUGGAAACUUGAUUUGGGAUGUAAGGAAGCGCGCAAUCGGCUACAACGACCCCAACGCUGUCAGAGCCAACUAUUUAGGCAGGAGAGAAUUUGUGCAGCGUCUGAAGCUUGAGGCCAUACUAAAUGUGCACGAUGGCUGUGUUAACACAAUAUCCUGGAAUGACACUGGAGAAUACAUCUUAUCAGGAUCUGAUGACACCAAUUUGGUUAUCACAAACCCAUACAACAGGAAGGUUAAAACAACUAUUCGUUCGGGUCACCGGGCCAACAUCUUCAGCGCAAAAUUCAUGCCCCUCACCAACGAUCAGCAGAUUGUGUCCUGCUCAGGAGACGGCAUCAUCUACUACACUCACACGGAAAAAAGCGCAGACAUCAACAGGCAGUGCCAGUUCACCUGCCACUAUGGAACUGCUUAUGAGAUAAUGACGGUUCCAAAUGACCCCUACACCUUCUUAUCCUGUGGUGAGGAUGGCACAGUUCGGUGGUUCGAUCUGCGCAUGAAGACUAGCUGCACAAAAGAAGACUGUAAAGAUGAUAUUUUGAUUAACUGCCGGAGAGCUGCUACCUCGAUAUCCAUUUCUCCUCUGGUGCCCUAUUACCUUGCUGUGGGAUGUUCUGACAGCUCAGUUCGAAUCUACGACAGACGAAUGCUUGGCACAAGAGCUACGGGUAAUUACAUGGGCAGAGGGACGACAGGCAUGUGUGUACGAUUUGUCCCUGCCCACUUGUCCAACAAGUCGUGUCGCGUGACAUCAUUAUGCUACAGUGGAGAUGGACAGGAGGUCCUGGUCAGCUACUCCUCUGACUACAUCUACCUGUUUGACCCCAAGGAUGACCAGGCCCGAGAGCUCAAGGGUCCGUCUGAGGAGAGGAGGGAGGAGCUGAGGCAGCCGCCGGUCAAGCGGUUGCGUCUGAGGGGAGACUGGUCAGACACGGGACCCCGUGCCCGCCCUGAGAGCGAGAGAGAACGAGAUGGAGAACAGAGCCCCAACGUGUCUCUCAUGCAGAGGAUGUCGGACAUGCUGUCGCGUUGGUUUGAGGAGGCCAGCGAGGCCCAGAGCAGCAGAGCUCGUCCACAGACUCGGCCCAGAGGUACUGCAGCUCGGCCAGAGGGGUCUGCCGAAGCCUCCGAGAUCCCCUCUCAGGAGCCUUUGGGGGCUGAGGGCCCCAUGGAAAUGGAAGCAGUUGCCCCUGAAGCUCCCAGCACACCUGCCUCAGCUCCAGCCACUGCAGAGCCCCUCCCCAAAUCCAUCUCCUCCUCCUCUUCUUCCUCAGGUUCUUCUUCCACUGUGACAGCCCCGCCCCCUUCCAGCUCCUCCUCACUGGAGAGCGCCGCCUCUUCCUCUUCUCUGGUCUCUUCUCCAGACUCUGAGCAAAAGAGCCAGGCUGAGGUCACGCCCACUGGCUCGGCCACACCCACCCCCUCCACAGAGGCUGUGUUGUCUGAAUAUGGCCCCCACAGGUUGCCGGUAAGUUUAGUGUGUAGGCGUUUGCAGAGGCUGCUGCUCUUGGCUGACCCCCCCGGGCAGGGUCAGCGGCCAGCCUCUCGAGCCUCCAGAGCCCCCGGGGCCUCCAGCUCAGAAAGCCCAGCCCAGGGGUCUGCUGCAGAGACCAGCGCCCCAACAGAUUCCCCCUCAUCUGUGGUAAACAAGCAGCUCGGAUCCAUGACUCUGGAUGAGCAGCAGGGAAGCACUGAAGCAUCAGGGAACGUAUGCAGUGAUAUGCAAAAAACUCUCAGCGAGGCGUGUGCUGUGGCUGGAGAAUUGGCCUCGUCUCCAGCAGCCCCAGCGACCCCCAGUGGCUCAGGCAGCAGCGGGAGCGGAGGAGGAGGAGGAGGAGGAGGAGGAGGAGGAGGAGGAGGUUCAUGUCCCAUUCGCACGGCUCCAACGUCCAGCACAGCUGAACCCGUCCUCAGCCUGCACUACAGCACUGAGGGUACCACCACCAGCACCAUCAAACUGGACUUCACUGAUGAGUGGAGUACUCCAGGGUCUGGUUCCAGAGUGAGUGGAGGAGGACAGAAACCUGUUGAGACUUUAGAGAGCCAAGAACCUGCAGAAAGGAGCCCAGAGCAGGUAUUAGCAGGGCCGGUAGCAGCCGGCAGGCCUGCGACAGUCCCAGAAGAGAGUGAGAGUGCAGACAGCAGCACAGAAAAAGCCUCCGGCAGCUCUGAGGGCAGCACACCUCUGCAAGGUCCCGCCACAGGGGGCCUUUCUUCAGGGGCUGCGGAGAGUCCGGCUGGCCAAGAUGAUCUGCCAGCAGCAGGUUCAGUGUCAACCGAGGGGAGCAGGAGGACGGACGCAGCCAGGGAGGGUACUCAGGGGCCCGCACAACCCUCCCGCAGUCACCAAGACUCAGACGACAGCGAUGACGAUCCAAUCCUCAUCCCCUCAGCCAGGUACAGAGGAGCUCAGGGACAGAGAUUUAAUUUCAGAGGUUCUUCAGUAGGUGAAAGGAUGAUCAGGCGCUCGGCAGCAGCUCGCAUCCAGGAGCUGUUCCGCAGAAGGAAGGAGAGGCGUGAGAUGGAGGAGAGCGAGACGCAGAACAUCAGAAGACCUUUAGUCAAAAUGAUGUACAAGGGCCACCGUAACUCCAGGACAAUGAUAAAGGAGUCGUGCUUCUGGGGGAAUAACUUUGUCAUGAGUGGCUCAGACUGCGGCCACAUCUUCAUCUGGGACAGGCACACGGGAGAACACUUGAUGCUGCUGGAGGCUGACAAUCAUGUGGUCAACUGCUUACAACCUCACCCUUACGAUCCCAUUCUUGCUUCAUCCGGCAUCGAUUAUGACAUCAAACUCUGGUCACCACUGGAGCAGUCCCCAUCGUUUAACAGAGACCUUGCUGAAGAGGUGAUCGCUCGUAAUGAACUGAUGCUGGAAGAGACAAGGAACACCAUUACUGUACCUGCAUCCUUUAUGCUACGAAUGCUGGCAUCACUCAAUCACAUACGAACAGAUCGCUCUGAGGGCUCCGGACAGGAGAACGAGGAUGAACAGUAGCCCUGCUGUGACGCCCAUCCCCAAUAAGCUGUUUCUUUUGCUUUGAAACAGUUAAAUAUCUGCAAUUUGUACAGAUUAUUGUGUAGAAUAUCCCCUUGUUAGAUCCAUUUUUAGUACUCUUUUAAAAAAAGAAAAAAAAGAAAAAAAAAUACAAAACAGCUUUCCUACUGAUUUACUCCAAACACGAGUAAAAGGCAUCUGGGAGGGAAAAUGAAAAACAAAAAUGAAAACAGGGGCAAUAUAUAAAUAUAUAAACAUAUAUAUAUAUAUAUAUAUAUUAAAAUAUAUUUAAAAAUGAAAAUGUGGGAAGAGGAAUGUAGGUGACAGGUGCUUCAGAGAAUAUUUAAGUGCAAUAUUUUUGUUGCGCAAAUGGUUGAGCUUGUGUUGUGUGCGUGCGCGUGUGUUAGUUUUUCUUUCUUUUUUUUUGUAGCAUUGUAUCACUAAAUACUUCAAAUGUUUGUGCACAUGGAGUAUGCAUGUCAAGACAUGAAAUCAUGCUUUACGUUUUCGUUGCUGAAAACGAUUCAGAUUUUCAGUUUUUCAUCUGUACUCAGUGUGUGGUUUGUGUAAAGACAGACUGGCAUUUUCUAUCUUGCGAAUUCUCCUUUUGUUCUUCCAGGAGUGACCUGUUUGUUUGGAAUCAGAAAUUAACUGCCUUGUCUACAGAGCACAAGUACGAUCUAUAGGGUUUGGAAUCUGAAUGUCGGACAUGGCUGUAGUAAAGCGCACUGCGUGUGUAAAAUGAAGCGGGUCUGAGUGCAGCAGUUGCUUUUGUUUAAUCGGUGUGGCUCACUGCUAUCAGCUGAAGUGGUUCUGCUUAAGGAGAGCUGGCAGUGCAUUGUUUUGAAUGUUUCACUAACAGGACAGAUGGUAUUUGUUUUGGCAGCUGCUGGCCAGGGCACUCUGCUAAGUGGCCACUGACUAUAGGGAAGCCGAAAAAAUGGCUCUGCCUCAGCCCUUGUUCCCUGCGGUGGUUUACACCAGUCAUUUCACACCAUUCAGGAAUGUGAGCCGUCUCUUCCUCGUCCACCAGUUGUACCCUCACGAGAACUUCAGCUGUACACGAAGUAUAAAGGAGAGAAUGAGUAUUUAUGGUAAUGAAUGUGCUGUGAAAUAUGGACACUGAACGUAUUUUGAAAAGUACCUUUUAAAAGGAUUUAAUUAUUAUUACAUUUGAAAUGGAUAAGCAAAAUGUUUUUUUUGGAUCGCAAUAAACCAUUACAAGAAAUCCCCAA